AUGCAGAUCAUAGGACUUGCAAUCCUGGUACUGCUGCCUGGAUUUAUCCUGGGCAAUCGCUAUCAUCAUCAGCUGCAUCUCUAUGCCAAUGGAGUGGCAGGAGGAGGAGGAGCAGUUGGAGCUGCGCAGGGAAGUUCCUCAACAUCAUCCAGUCGAUCCUCCCAGUCAUCCCAGAACGAGGUCUACUCCGUGGCUGAUAGUCAACCAAUGACAGAGGAUGGUUACAAUCAGCAUCAUUAUCCACCACCACCACCACCUGGUCAUCACUCCAUGGGCUCUGAACUGGAUCCACCUGCCCAGCAGUUGAGCACCUGUCAGACGGUGUGCGCCUGCAAAUGGAAGGGUGGCAAGCAGACGGUGGAAUGCAUCGAUCGUCAGUUAAUCCAGAUUCCAGAACACAUUGAUCCCAAUACCCAGGUACUGGACAUGUCCGGAAAUAAGCUACAGACCCUGUCCAAUGAGCAAUUCAUUCGCGCCAAUCUCCUCAACCUGCAGAAGCUAUAUCUGCGCAAUUGCAAGAUCGGUGAGAUCGAACGGGAGACCUUCAAGGGUCUCACGAACCUGGUGGAGCUGGAUCUCUCCCACAAUCUCCUGGUUACUGUGCCCAGUCUGGCCUUGGGCUUUAUCUCAUCGCUGAGGGAACUCACCCUGGCCUCCAAUCACAUACACAAAAUCGAGAGCCAGGCCUUUGCGAAUACACCAUCGUUGCACAAAUUGGAUCUGUCACAUUGCGAUAUUCAAACCAUUUCCGCCCAGGCAUUCGGUGGCCUUCAGGGUCUGACUUUGCUCCGUUUGAAUGGGAAUAAACUGAGCGAAUUGCUGCCAAAGACCAUUGAGACAUUGAGCCGUUUGCAUGGCAUUGAGUUGCACGAUAAUCCCUGGCUCUGCGAUUGCCGUUUAAGAGAUACGAAACUGUGGUUAAUGCAACGCAAUAUUCCAUAUCCGGUUGCGCCUAUUUGCUCGGGCGGACCCGAGAGGAUCAUCGAUCGUAGCUUUGCCGAUCUGCAUGUGGAUGAGUUUGCCUGUCGACCGGAAAUGCUUCCCAUUUCCCAUUAUGUCGAGACCUCAGUGGGUGAGAAUGCUCCAAUCAUCUGCAGAGGUCGCUCAAUCCCUGUGGCGAAUAUCAAUUGGUAUUGGAAUGGACGACUUUUGACCAAUAAUUCUGCCUUCACUGCCUACCAAAGGGUACACAUCUUCGAGAAGAUUGAGAGUGGAUUUGAGAAAAUAUCGAAAUUGGUUCUGACCAAUGCCCAGGAAACGGAUUCCAGUGAGUUCUAUUGCGUUGCGGAGAAUAGAGCUGGGAUGGCGGAGGCUAACUUUACGCUACAUGUGAGCAUGAGAGCCGCUGGCAUGGCCUCACUGGGAAGUGGCCAAAUUGUGGGUUUAAGUGCCGCCCUGGUGGCCCUGAUUGUCUUCGCUCUGGGUGUGAUUAUGUGCCUCCUGCUGAGGGUCAAACGGCAACCGUAUGUGGACAGCAAGACCCCCAAUCACAUGGAGGUAAUAACAUCGGUCAAUCAUCAGAAUUCCAUAACGAACAAGACACAACCGGCAACUGGGAAUGGCAGCAUAGGUGGAGUGGUCAUUGCCAAUGGAGCUGUGGCCAAUAUAAUCGAUGGCAGUGUGGUUCAAGCUGGAACUCUGGAGCGGAAGACCAGCAGUGGAGGCAGAGGAGGAUCCCAUGUGGCGCAUGAUCCACGCAGCACAAAUCCUGUACAGAAACCACCGAGACUAACGGAUCUACCAUAUGCCAAUCAAGGAUAUGACAACAAUGGCAGUGUCCUGUCCACGGCCACCUGUUUCAUUUCGCCUACUGGAUCGGCGGGAAAUGGUGGCAAUAAUCCGGAUCUAAUCAAUGACACCCAACGCUUUGGCAGCGAUGAGUUUGCGGAUCUGAAAAUACCACCCAUUAGUGGCGGUGUGGGAGGCAGUGGAGAGUAUAGUCGCGCCAAUGGCUGUGACUCCCUGUAUCCCUCCGGUCUCUGGGAGCACAAUGCAUCCGUGGGUGCCACCUCGGCUGAUGAUCUGUUCAUGAAACGCUAUACGGAUAAGACACCCAUCAUUGAUAGCUCCUCCUCGCAGCUAUAUGAUUUGCAUGAGCGCACCGCGGCCACGGAUUACUUUAGCAAGACAUUUCCCAGGUCGCAUCUACAGCAACAGGGAUUAGUUUCAGCAGGAGGAGGAGUGGGAGUGGGAGGCACUGGAUCCACUGCCUCGACCGUGACCACAAAUCUCUCGGGUGGCUCCUCAUCGGGCGUGGGCGGUGGCUAUCCCAAUGACUAUGGCCUGCCAUUGGUGCCAGGAGCGGAGCAUCAACAUAACCACCAGCUGCAGAUGCAUCCGCUGCAGCAGCUGCAGGCGCAGCUCACCUCCACGCUGAACCAUCAGAAGCAGGAGGGCAGCUCCACUGGCAGCAGUCCGCACUUUAGCAGUCGCACUCUGCCACGACUGCAUGACGCCGGCGGUGGCAGCUCCUCGUCCCGCUCCUCGCCAACGCCCGCCCAGGCGAAUCCAGCCAGCUCAUCCAGUUCCUGCUCGAUCCUGCCCAAUGGUCAGCCCAUCAAUGCCAAGACGAUACGCGUGUGGCAAAAGGGCGGUGUGCCCGUCUUGCCACCGGUGACGGCCCUGAAACGGGCCCUAAUCAGCAGCAGUCGCAACUCACCGGAUGAGGGCUACCAGGAGGGAUGCGGAACGGAUGUGUAAAGCGGCAAAGAUGGCGGAGCCGGAAAAAGGAAACCAAACCAAGAACUGACUAAACUUAACACAGCAAGAGGGAGGAGGCAGCGUCAGCUUCUCCUCCUCCGUUUAGGUAUAUAAAAUAUAUAUAAAAAACAUUCAUAAUAGAUAGCGCAGAAGGUCCUAGGCGAGCAGCGAUUAUUAUUAAUAUUAUUAUUAUAUUGUGCAAGCGAACUGUUUGUGAUAGUGUCUGACAAAAAGGAUAAUGCGAAUGAAGAUAAUAAUUGCCCAAAGCAAAGAGAAAAAAAGCUAAAGCGAAAUCAAUUGCACUAACACUAAAGUAUACUCUCUUCUUGGCAAGUAACUCAACUAAACUAAAACUAAAACCUAAACUAAAUUAAAAUUAACAACUACAACUAAAACUAAAUGGUAAACGUAACGCCUAAGACUAAGAUAUGUACAGUUCAUUUUCUUUAUAGAAAAAACAAAACAAAAUAUAAAACGCAAUCCCAACUCCCUGUAAGAAAAAUAGUCCAACAAAAUUUGAGAAAAGCAAAAUGUAACUAAAUCUAUAAAAUAUAUAUAUGUAUAUGCAUAUGUAUUUAUGUGUAUAUGUGUGUGUGUAAUCCGUGUGUGUAAUUUUCAAUAAGAAAAAGUGUUAAAAAGAAGAAACCCAAAUCCCCCUCCCUCCAGUUUCCCCUCCAAGAAUUAUAAUCGUAAAUCAGAACUGAAUAAAUUCAAAAAAUGGUGUCUCAACAUUUGUAAAAUACACGCAUAUAUAUAUUUGUAUAUGUAUACAGUACGGUAAAUGGUAAAUGGUAAAAAAACUGCAUAAGAACUAACAUAAAUCAUUGUAACUGUGUGUGUAUAUAUUAGAUAUAUCCCGUAGUAAAAAAAGAAUAGAAAAGAAAGCCAAUUCUGAAUCCGACUAUUGUUGAAAUCUUCCCAUGUUCCCCAUAUUAUAAGCUGUGAAAUAAUGCAAGAAAAAACUUAACCAGGUCUCACGAAGGGUUAGCAGUAAAUCAGAAAAUGUUGGAAUUAUUUAAAACUAAUUAUUUAAAUAUGUAUUUUCUUAUACGUUCCAUAUUUAAGAAUCCCCAUUUAAAUUUUAAUUCCCAUUAAAGUAAAACCUAACUGAACUACUUAUAUUAAAAGUCUUUUUCUUGUGUCUUGCACAUUUUAAAAAUUCUCAUCCUAAAAUAUUUAUUCUGAAACAAAUUAAUAUUUAGACCCCAUUUUCAGUUCAUCAAAAGAUAAAAGGUUUCGUGACUUACCCCAUUGUUCUGAAGAAGAUUCUGAAAAAACAAAAAAAUUAUUAUAAUUAGUAUAUUAUUAAUAAUUUCUUUUAUAUACCAUAUUUUAAACUGAUUUCUUAGUAAAUAAUUUCUCUAAAGAAGGUUAUAAUAUACAUUAUAAAUUAUUCUUCUUAAAUUCUUUUCCAAAAAACACACAUUUUUCAUACCAAACUAUUAAUAUUUAACAUCACUCCUCUUAAAAACCAGUCUAUUUACAACUCGACAGCUUGACAACCUUCUCAACAAACCAACUUUUCAGUUAAUUGAAUUUUCUAAUAAAAACUAAUAAAAAUAAAUGUUGACCCAAUUCAAUCAGACAAAAAUACUAUCGUAAUUAAAUUGAAACAGUUUUCUUGGUGACCGAAUAACUACUGAUUUACUGCAAUCCACACAAAAAUGAUAGAAGCUUAUAAAAAUUAAAAUCAACAAAGUUUGUAAAUUUCCCAAUAAAUUAGAGCUAUACAAGGAGAAACCCAACAACAACAAACAAAAAUUGUAAACCAAAUAAAAUUCGCAAAACAAAUCGAAGGGGAAUUGCCCAAGUAAAAGAAGUGGAAAAUAUUCAUCAAAUGCAUACGUAAAUAAACAUAUGUAAAUUGUACUCAAAGUGCACACACAUCACACACACACACACACACAUCAUUUACAUGUAGAUAUGUAUGUCAGUAUGCCAGUUUUUGUCCCUCCUCCUCCCCCCUCACAGGUAAAGAUUUAAAUCAUAUCCACAAGAUAUUAAUUGCCCGUAUGUGCUAAGACUUUAGAUUUAAGGAAAAAGAAAGAAAAACAAAAAUAAGCAAAAGACGAAAACCGAAACAAACACAAAAUAAUAUUUUUAAGGUAAACCAAAGACUUUUUUCUUUGCAUCUAAAUGAGCGCAGGACUUCCUUCUUCAAAGGACUCGCAGCAAACACAGAACACUCACACAAACAAACACACCUACAUCGGAAAGUAAUCUUAAACGAGACAUAAAAGAGCAAGCAAGAAAAAAACCAUAGCAUUUAAGUUGAACCUAUGUAUUAUGUAUUGUAUAAUAUAUAUAUAUAUAUAAACCUACGUAUAGUAAUAUAUAGUCUAUAGAUGUGUACACUUAUCAACAGAGCGGCAUAGCUAACAAGGAGAAAGGAGCCCGCAGACAAAGGCGAGCAUUGAAUGCAUGAAAGCAACUGAAUGAACAACA